AUAAGAUAUCGAUUGAAAAUAAAAAUGCAACGAUUUCAAAUUAAUCUAAUUAAUGAUAUCAGAAAAUUAGAAACUUUAAUACAGCCUGCUCUAAUCAAGAAUGUUUUAACAAUUUUUAUUUGCUUCAAAAAAAUUAAUAAGGAAACGAAUUUCAAUGUUACAUUUGCUGCGAGCAUACAUUUCACUAUUAAUAUAUCAAAAGAUGUGAAAGAAUUCAUCCAUGGAGGGAGAAAAAAAAAAAACGAAUUGCUCACUUUACUGCAGGAUGAUAACAAUAGAAGACAAAUGUUGUCGCGAAUUUUGAAUGUCGCAAAGCUCCAAAUGAAAUGA